AAUCGUCGAUGGAUCAUUUUAUUCUCAAAGAAAUAUUGCCUCUCGCUCUAAGUCUCGCUUAAGUCGAGCAGCCAUACAUCAAUGGCUGACUCCAUAUUGCCGUAUACGUCUGUGACCUGUUUUGCUCUGCUUAUUAUUUUUCUCAAUUUUGUUAGUAAGUCAUACUCGCACAGCCAAUCGGACAUUUUUCUGCAGUCUCCUAAAGAUCAUUUACUCUGCCGUCAAUGUGGUGCUGAUCUAGCCAGUUCUGGAAGCAUUGUCAAUCAUCUAAGUCCAGAAGCUACAGUUGUAGUCAAUCAGACACUUUUUGGCAAAGCAGGUGUCGAGAUACAAGUACUAACUAAUCCCCUAGGCAUUCAAUUUGGGCUCAUAACAGUUUCCAAAGCCUUUUGUGUUGGAAUAGCAGGAAAAUGGCAUACAGAAUUUUCCUGGUUUCCCGGAUAUGCUUGGAAACAUUGCAUGUGUAACUACUGCAGUAGCGUACUUGGAUGGAUGUUUGAGCCUAUAGAAACAGCAACAUCAGAGAGAAUUUUUCCAUCUAGUAAAGGAUUCUAUGCCUUGAUUCUAAACCAAAUUCUGAGUGAGACUUUUGCGAAUUCCUUGUUGGUUGUCCCAAAAUCUUAUCGGAACUAAUAAAAAGAUGCCUGACCCAAGUUUAACAGAAGAACAAAAGAACUUCAUAGCCGAGUGCGAAGCCGAAUUCCAGGACAGAUUUAC